CCAAUUGUGUCCUAGUGGGCGGGGUUUGACCGUUAAUCCAGGAUGUGAAUGUUUCGUUUAGUCCGUGUAACAAGCAAAAAUGUUUAACAUAAAUAUGUCCUGCAUUUUUAUUCUUAGUUGCAGUGACCAUGAAGAAAACAACUAGACAAAAACCGCAGACGUUUAUCUCUCGAUUUGUUCGCACUUUGCAUGUGUGUAGUGGGGAUUGAAUGGUCACUGAUUGCUGUCCUCGGUUGGGAUUGCAGCUUGGCCCGUCACUGUACUGCUUUUACAGUCAUGUUUAUUUCAUAAAGAUGGCAACGAGGGGCACCUUAUAAACUAAAUGACUGUCAGAAACAUCGCCUCCAUUUGUAAUAUGGGCACCAAUGCCUCUGCUCUGGAGAAAGACAUCGGUUCAGAGCAGUUCCCCAUUAAUGAACACUACUUUGGAUUGGUCAAUUUUGGAAACACGUGCUACUGUAACUCAGUGUUGCAGGCUCUGUAUUUCUGCCGGCCGUUCAGGGAGAAUGUGUUGGCGUAUAAAGUCCAGCAGAAGAAGAAAGAGAACCUUCUCACCUGUCUGGCCGACCUCUUCCACAGCAUCACCACACAGAAGAAGAAGGUGGGCGUGAUCCCUCCCAAGAAGUUCAUCUCACGUCUGCGGAAAGAGAAUGACCUGUUUGAUAACUACAUGCAGCAGGACGCCCACGAGUUCCUAAACUACCUGCUGAACACAGUGGCUGACAUCCUGCAAGAGGAGAAGAAACAGGAAAAACAGAACGGACGGCUAAAGAACAAUGGCACUGCCAUCACCACGGACCCCGAGCCAGAACAGAACAAGACUGAGCCCACCUGGGUUCACGAUAUCUUCCAGGGCACGCUGACCAAUGAGACGCGCUGUCUCAACUGUGAGACGGUCAGUAGCAAGGAUGAAGACUUUUUGGAUUUGUCUGUAGAUGUUGAGCAGAAUACUUCAAUAACACACUGUCUCAGGGACUUCAGUAAUACAGAGACCUUGUGCAGUGAGUAUAAAUACUACUGUGAAAUGUGCUGUAGCAAACAAGAGGCACAGAAACGUAUGCGUGUGAAGAAGCUGCCCAUGAUCCUGGCUCUUCAUCUGAAGCGCUUUAAGUACAUGGAGCAGCUGCAUCGGUACACUAAACUGAGCUACCGUGUGGUCUUUCCACUGGAGCUCCGCCUCUUCAACACCUCCGCAGAUGCCGUCAACCUCGACCGCAUGUAUGACCUCGUCGCUGUGGUGGUCCACUGUGGCAGUGGCCCAAACAGAGGGCAUUACAUCACCAUCGUGAAGAGUCAUGGUUUCUGGCUGCUAUUUGAUGAUGACAUUGUGGAGAAAAUUGAUGCACAGGCGAUAGAGGAGUUCUAUGGUUUGACUUCUGACAUUUCCAAGAACUCUGAGUCGGGAUACAUCCUGUUCUAUCAGUCCAGAGAAUGAAGGAGCAGAGGAGGGACGCGAGAAGAGACCAAAAGGAAGGGUAUAUGUGAAGAUGAUAUCCACUAGAUUCCUUUUCCACAUCCCUCUCCUUUUUCCUUAUCUCAUUCUCAGGGUCUCCAGCUGAGACUAAGUUGCCAAAAUCCCUCUGUAACCCCAUUUUGCCAAUAUGACAUUUCCCAAAAUUUCAAUUUUUCCCAAUCUCGCUGCACCCUGGGGGGAAAAAAAACACCUCUUCAAAUCUGACCCUCAAGUCAGUCACCUGCAUCUGGAAGGCACUUUAUAAACAAAAACGACAAUAAGUAACACAAAAGCAACACAACAAAAAUCACAACAUUUUCAAAUACAAUACUUGUGGAAUCAAACUUGAAGGAAUCAAAAAGCUACAAAAAGAGCAAAGAGUCCUGGUACUCCAGCAAGAGUCACUGCUUCUGUUUGUUUAGUGCCCUGGAAAGUGCCUCUCAUCUUGGGUAUCUGAAACCAGGAGGAGGGUUUCUCUCUCAAUCUCUGGCUUAAGGUCAUGGAGCCGUUUCGGGUCCCUUUAGAUGUUUCAUACUGUGAUGCCUACUCAUCAGUCGUCCUUCAUACGACUUUUACCCAGUAGCUGGUGAAUCCACACAUCCUAGUUCAGUCAUUGGGAGCUGUUUGCACUGUGUAACAAUUUGUUUUGGAUUUUGGCAUGUUGUGGAAAUUAGAUUAUGGUUCUGAGCAGUCUGUUACAUGAGUGAGCGUGUGUGUGUGUCUGCAUUUAGUCAUGCAGGCAGCUGCUGUGAUGUGACUGCUUUUCAUCCAGAAAUAGUUGCAGUCUUGUUACCGAGAGAGUUUUCAAAAGUUGUGCGAUUUGCAUUCUUUGCUCUUUUAUAGUAACAAAGAAAAAGGGCAGAAAUGCAAGGCUGAAAUGCUGCUUUUGUCUUCUUUCCAUUCUUAUCUAUCACUGUUGUUACCUUCCAUUGUAGGUAAUGGCCUUACAUAGACACGUGUGUUAACAGCCUUGCAGUCAACUCUUGUUAAGUUCAACCAAAUCUGCCGGUCCCAACUGACUUCUAGUUUCUAGUUCCUGCUUUAGUUACUCCAGGUGGGUUGAAUCCAUCUUUUUUUUUUCUCCUAAAUAGAUGUUGUAACUUGUAAACAUGGUCAUUUUUUAAAAGCAAAAUCAUGUGGCAUUUAAUUUUAUCAUUUACUUUUAGGUGCUAAAGGUGUAGUUCACCAAAAAUGAAAACUUGCUGGAAAUUUGACUCAUCCUUAUGCCAUCCAAGAUGUAGAUGAGUUUGUUUCUUCACCAGAACAGAUUUGGAUAAAUUUAGCAUAGCAUCACUUUGCUAACCAGUGCAUCCCUAUGCAGUGAAUGGGGUUAUUGUGAUGUUUUUAUCAGCUGUUUAGACUCUCAUUCUCCACUGGUGAACAAGUGAUUUAAUGCUGAAAAUCUGUUCUGAUGAAGAAACAAACUCAUCUACAUCUUGGAAGGUCUGAGGAUGAGAAAAUGUUCAUUUUUUGGGGUGAACUAUCCUUUUAAUAUAUGAAAGUUUUGGACACAGAUGUGAGAUCAGUGGUAGGAGAAACUUGAGAUGCACCAGUCUUCAGAUUGCUUCAAUGCUGUCAGUAAAGUUUAGGUUUUAUUGAAGUAUCUGACAGGUUGUUGCUGUUACAAUAAGUGGCAUUUAUCUCGGAGGGCCUUUACUAUGUAAUAUAUGUUGUAGAGUCAGGAGAGAAUCUGACUUCAGGUAAAUGGGGAACUUUAUAGAAGGCGAUACAGAAACAUACUGAUAAUCCUGACAUUUAAUUUUGUACAUAAAUGGGAGAGAUUGACCUGAAAUGGUCACCGAAGGAAAACAAGGUGCAAUACAGGGACGAGAUGAACAUUCCACACUCAUUUUACACCAAAAUUGCUACACAUUAUUUUUUUUAUAAUAAACUAAGCUUAUAGAAACUCUUAACAACUGAUCGGUACUCCCAUUUAUUUAGUGUAUAGCUUUUAUUGUUUUAAUUUUAGGAAAAUAUAUAAUUAACCAUUUUAUUCCCUCAGAAAUCAUCAUACUCUUAAGGAAUAGUAGUUCACAGCUGAAAAACAUGAUUUAUUUUCCUUUUUUGUCCGUUCACAUCACAUUCAUUGUAACAAUAGAGUAAGUGAUUAGAAGGAAAAAUAAUGGAUUUAUGAUAUUGGUUCAUUCAUUCUAGGUCUGUGGUCUGCAUUUUCACACUCCUCAAACAAGAUUAUGUGUAAUUAUAUAUUAAAGCCACACUACAUGCAAUAUAGAUGUAUGAACACUGUGUAACAACUGUGAGAUUGACUAUGCAGUGUUUGUGUUUGUCCUGUUGUUCCCUGAGCCUUGACAAAUGCUGACUGAUUAUUUGGACUGUUCUUUCAUUUGUAGUUUCCCAGUGACGCCAGCAAAGUGUUGUUUUUCAAAAAGAGGAGCAUAUGUGGUUGUUUGAAUAUGUUUCAUUGGUACUAAAACCACAUAUCUCUUCCAUGCCUGUUCUUUUGGCUGGUUUGUUAAAUGAUCAAAAUCAACAGAAAUGUGCCAAAAUUGUAAUGGGAAACACACAUUCCUUCAAACUGGAAAAUGAAAUAGAAAUUUCUGCGUCAUGAAACUGUACAUAAAUAUUAUGUAGACAUACUGGGUCAGAAAUAAAUUCUAUUUUUUUAAAACUAUUAAAAUUGACCUGUUAUUCGCAUGGGGAAAUCAUGGUUAAAAAUGAAGAAAUGAAAGCUGAUGAGUGUUUGUCAGAGAUGGUCUGAAUUCAGUCAGGUCUCUUAUGGUGACCUGGAUCAUUUUGAAGUUUGUUAGAAGAGUAGCCUAACCUAAAAGUACUGUAACUGCUUAAAACUGUGAAAUGAAUCCCCAUACACAUGAACAUCUGGAUAUGUUAAGAUCCACCUAUUAUACUGUCACUUUUCACAGUUACACACCUUGUAUGCAAAAACACACCUGUCUGUUUUGUCUUCUUUUAAUGUGUGUAUUUUUUAGGUCCAGGAAAAAGAUGUACAAUGUGUGUGUUUGUGUGUCUUAGAGAGAAAUGCCAGGACUCAAACUCAAAUGGAAAGUGUGAUAACUGUAAGUGCACUUUAUCAUAGCAGAACCAAAAAGGUUUCAAAAAGGAACUGGAAUCCUGACUGAGAUUCUUUUGGUUUAUGUUCCUUUCCUCAAUAAAUUAAACACAACUUUA